GGCGGGGCGGGAUGAAUGGAGCGGGCUGGCCGGCGCGGCCGGCGGCGCGAUGAUCGCGGUGUCUAUCCCCGCGGUGGGGCCGGGGGCCGAGCCCGAGCCGAGCCCGGAGAAGACGCACACGCCCUAAGCCCGAGGAGUCUGUGCUGGCCUAUGGGCUCCCUGCCUUCCCCAGGAGAGCAGGCUGCUGAAGAAGCCCCAUGUGGUGCCAGCCAAUAUACUCAAUAUUAUCCUAACCUGCUGAUUCGACAGCCCCUCCCCAGCUCUGACCCCAGCCAGUGGCUGUCUGUCUGCACAGCUGUUAAACAUUCCCCCCUUCACUUCCUGCAGCUAGGGAAGGUGUUUACGGUGGAGGUCCUGUGCAAUGGCCGGAAACACAUCAUUGAGAAGCGCUACAGCGAGUUCCAUGCCCUGCAUAAAAGGAUAAAGAAGAUGUGCAAGGUCCCAGAUUUCCCCCCCAAGCGAGUCCCCAACUGGAUGUCGAAGGUGCAGGAGCAGCGGCGGCAGGGCCUGGAGGUUUACAUUCAGGGUAUCCUGUACUACAACAAGGAGCUGCCUAAGGAACUGCUGGACUUCCUGAAGCUCAGGCGCUUUCAGCAGGAUGCCAAGGCCAGGAGCCUGGACCAUGGCUUCCUGCUCUCCCACCAGCCGGUUAUGAUCUUCCACAAAGACCCCUAUGUGCUCCCCUCCUCCACAGAGCUACUGCCAGACAUAGUUCUGAAUGGUGUGUUACAAGGCUUCUACUGACCAGCAAGCUCCUGCUGGGGGAAGGCAGCCCCGAAGUGCUUGGUGGGGCCCCACAAGCUUAGCCAGCAGGGCUCAUGAGGGUAUCUGCCACUGCUUGGGCUUCACCAGCACCACUACUGGAGGGGGAGCACUGUUUGGUUGUCCCAUAUAGGGAUCGAUCCCUUAUCUCAGUGGCUGUACCUUCCCUUCUCCGGGGAUUUGUUCCUGCCCUCCCCACGCAUGGGGUGAUGGACAAAAUGGGGAGCUGCUGCUGAGCCUGGGGGCAGGUGCCUAACACACAUGGAGGUUGGGCUGGAAGCUCCUGGGGGACUGUUCUCUUUGAGCACUUGUAAAGAACGGGACAGCUGUCAGGCCAGACCUUAACUGCUCCACCAGUGCCAUAUCUGGCUACAGCUCAAAGAAGCAAGGGAGGCAAGAGCCACAGCAAGUAGAAGUGCUGCUACCUGCACUCUGGCUGGGGGGCGGCAGUACCUUAUACCAACCACAGCUGUGGCAGCAGCUCCUGCCAGGCUAGAUGAAGCCUAUGGAGGGAGGAGGUAGCAUCCCAGACUCAUGUAGAGGCCCCCAGGGGAAGGGCUGGCCUCCUGCAGGCUAAAGGGAGCUGUGCAGAUGCGUAAAGGCAAUAAAUCACUUGGGUCUGGUUU